GAUUCCAUGGGGGUAGUAUUGAAGCUAUUUAAUUGCAAAAAAUGGGCAGUCUUGUUGGCUAUAUAUAUACCUCUCUUUAACUCCAUUUUCAUUCAUAUCCAACAACAACAAGAAAGAAGCAAAGUUACUCAAAAUUCUCUCUCUCACUUAAAACAAUAAAAGAUAGAAAAGAAAAAAAAUCAUCAUGGAAUUCAUUUCCUUGUGUUGUUUCUUGAUAUCAUCCUUAAUCUUCUCAAUAUUUGUCCUAAACAAAAUCCUCAAACUAUUAUCCUUUGGCAAUGUCAAAUUGCCACUCCCUCCGGGCACAAUGGGUUGGCCUUACAUCGGCGAAACUUUCCAACUCUACUCCCAAAACCCCAACACUUUCUUCGCCUCCAAAAUCAAGAAGUACGGUUCGAUAUUCAAGACACACGUAUUGGGGUGCAACUGCGUGAUGAUUUCAAGCCCGGAAGCGGCAAAGUUGGUAUUGGUCACAAAAUCUGAUCUUUUCAAGCCUACAUUCCCGGCUAGCAAAGAAAGAAUGUUAGGCAAGCAAGCUAUUUUCUUCCACCAAGGCGACUACCAUUCGAAGCUCAGAAAGCUCGUCCUUCGAUCUUUCAUGCCCGAAUCCAUCAAAAACAUCGUACCCCAGAUCGAAUCCUUAGCCGUCAAAUCCCUCGAAUCUUGGGAAGGCCAAUUGAUCACCACUUUUCAAGAAAUGAAAACCUAUGCAUUCAAUGUGGCACUACUUUCUAUAUUUGGAAAGGAUGAAGUAUUGUACAGAGAAGAUCUUAAAGAGUGUUACUACAGCCUCGAGAAGGGGUACAAUUCGAUGCCGAUCAAUUUCCCGGGCACACUUUUCCACAAGGCAAUGAAAGCUAGGAAAGAAUUAUCGAAAAUCUUGGCGAAAAUUCUGUCGCUCCGGAGACAAAUGAAGAUGAACCACACCGAUUUACUAGGUUCAUUCAUGGAAGAUUCUGAAGGUUUAACCGACGAACAAAUUGCCGAUAAUAUAAUCGGCGUAAUAUUCGCGGCCCGUGAUACUACAGCUAGUGUACUAACUUGGAUUGUCAAGUACCUUGCGGAAAAUCCAUCUGUUCUUCAAGCUGUUACUGAAGAGCAAGAGGAGUUGAAAAAGAAUAAGGAAGAAAAUGGUUUGAAUUGGGCAGACACAAAAAAGAUGCCAAUUACAACUAGGGUUAUUCAAGAAACACUUAGGGCUGCUUCGAUUUUAUCGUUUACAUUUAGAGAAGCUGUUGAAGAUGUCGAAUUUAACGGGUAUCUAAUUCCAAAAGGAUGGAAAGUAUUGCCACUUUUCAGAAACAUUCACCACAGCCCAGAUAAUUUCACUGACCCUGAGAAAUUUGAUCCUUCAAGAUUUGAGGUGGCUCCAAAGCCCAAUACAUUUAUGCCAUUUGGCAGUGGGAUCCACUCCUGUCCAGGGAAUGAGUUGGCCAAGCUGGAGAUCUUGGUUCUUGUACACCAUCUCACCACUAAAUACAGAUGGAGUAUGAUGGGCCCACAAAAUGGUAUUCAGUAUGCACCCUUUGCUCUUCCCCAGAAUGGACUUCCCAUUACACUCUCUCUCAAAAGAUAGUAAUUCUAGAGAGAGAAACAGCUAGAGAGAGAGAGAGAGAGAGAGAGAUGUACAUAUAAAGAGUUGCAAUUCACAGCAUAAGGAAGAAAGAAUAGGACUCAAUGUAAUAGUAGUACUACAUAGUUAGGUAUUAUUCAAUUUUAAUUGUAGUUUUUUUUGGGUUUUUUUUUUUACUUGUUUUGGGUAUUUUCGACAUGUAAAAAAGUCCGUAAGGCAGUUAUUAUUGUAAGAAUAGUGUCUUCGAGUUUUGAUCGAAAAAAUUCAUCCU